GUUGGUUCAUUUUUAUGGGUUGUGCACGUAAGGUGUUCGAUGAAAGUCCUGAAUGAGAAUGGACAAGUUGAAAUCAUGAAAAAAAGGAUUAUCUGUGUAUGAUGUUUUUCAUCUUCACGAGUACAUAAAGAUCUUCCAGAUUCAGUCGCAUAGACACAGCUACAUGGAUGCUACUACCCUCACGAUGAACAUGAUUUUCACAUCAUCUGCCAAGCCAAUACCUCACACCACAAUCAACUUACACAAUUUAUCGCAAUUGAAGAGUCACCGGAACACACUCCGACACCGUUCAAUUGUUAUCGUAAUUUCUAACUCCUCAACAAAAGAUGUAUGGCGGAAGACACCAAACUCAACAACUCAAACGAAGUCGUCGUUUCAUCAACCCUAUCGCCGAAAGCCCGAGGUGGGUGGUUACUUAGACCACAGCGUCGAUAUGGACGAACUCGUGGCAAAUAUUAAUGAAACAACCGAUGAACACCAACUGUUUGCUGUAAUGUCUCCUUACAAAAGUCGACAACUUUCCGUACGAUUUAUGGUAACCGUUCUUUCCCGUGAAACUGAUUGGCAAAGAUCACUCGCAUUGCUUGAUUGGAUGAACGAACACGCGUUAUACACCCCUUCUGUGUAUGCGUACAACGUGGUUUUGCGUAAUGUGCUUAGAGCAAAGCAGUGGGAGAUUGCAUACGGACUGUUCGACGAAAUGCGUCAAAGAGGUCUUUCACCUGAUAGGUAUACGUAUUCGACUUUAAUCACUCAGUUUGGGAAAGAGGGUCGGUUUGAUGACGCAUUAUCUUGGCUUCAGAAGAUGGAACAAGAUCACGUGUCUGGUGAUCUUGUGUUGUAUAGUAAUUUGAUUGAGUUAUCGCGUAAGUUAUGCGAUUAUUCCAAGGCUAUAUCGAUAUUCUCUCGGUUGAAGCAGUCAGGCAUUUCUCCUGACCUUGUUGCUUACAAUUCCAUGAUUAACGUUUUCGGAAAAGCUAAGUUGUUUCGUGAAGCCCGAUUGCUGCUUCAAGAAAUGAGAUCAGUUGGAGUUAGCCCCGAUACGGUUAGCUAUUCUACCCUGUUAAGCAUGUAUGCUGAAAAUCAAAAAUAUCUUGAAGCUUUAUCAGUGUUCUCCGAGAUGAAAGAAGUCAACUGUUCCCCGGACCUUACAACUUGCAACAUCAUGAUAGAUGUAUACGGGCAACUUGAUAUGGCGAAAGAAGCCGACCGUUUGUUUUGGAGCAUGAGAAAGAUGGGAAUCGAACCCAAUGUGGUCAGUUAUAAUACGCUCUUGAGAGUCUAUGGUGAAGCCGAGCUUUUCGGUGAGGCUAUACAUUUGUUUAGAUUAAUGCAACGAAAAGAUAUCAACCAAAACGUUGUCACUUACAACACUAUGAUCAAGAUUUACGGUAAAACUCUCGAGCAUGAGAAAGCUAACAAUCUUAUUCAAGAAAUGCAGAAUAGAGGGAUAGAACCGAACGGCAUAACAUACUCCACUAUAAUAUCCAUUUGGGAUAAAAGUGGGAAAUUGGACCGAGCCGCAACACUGUUUCAGAAGUUAAGAAGCUCGGGUGUUGAGAUUGAUCAGGUUCUGUAUCAAACCAUGAUUGUGGCUUAUGAACGAGCCGGUCUAAUUGGGCAUGCAAAAAGAUUACUACAUGAACUUAAAACCCCGGAUAACAUUCCACGAGCAACAGCAAUUACGAUUCUUGCUGCAGCUGGUCGUGUAGAAGAGGCCACAUGGGUUUUUCGUCAGGCGUAUAAUAGCGGAGAAAUUAAGGAUAUAUCGGUAUAUGCGUGUAUGGUUGAUCUUUUUUCAAGAAACCGAAAGCACUCUAGUGUUAUUGAGGUGUUUGAUAAGAUGAGAAAAGCAGGGUACUUUCCUGAUUCUAAUGUGAUUGCUCUUGUUUUGAAUGCGUACGGGAAGUUGCGGGAAUUUGACAAGGCUAAUGAUGUGUAUAUCGAGAUGCAGGAUGAAGGGUGUGUUUUCCCUGAUGAAGUUCAUUUUCAGAUGUUAAGUCUUUACGGUGCAAAAAGGGAUUUUAAGAUGGUGGAAUCGCUGUUUGAGAGAUUAGACGUUGAUCCCAACAUUAAUAAGAAGGAACUGCAUCUUGUUGUUGCUAGCAUUUAUGAAAGGGCGAAUAGAUUAAAUGAUGCGUCUCGAAUCGUCGAUAGAAUGAAACAUAUGGGACUUAUGAAAUGGGCGUGAACUGUGUUGUUCAACUUAACCAAGGUGCCAAAUAUGAAAAUAUGCUGGUCAAGUACUUUUAUUAGAUUAUGUAAAUUAUGAUUUGAAUCGUCAAGUGUUGUUAAAGCUGCCACUUUCAACCCGUUAUGCAAUACAGCAACAAGUUCUUUC